AUUGGAAUCCCUCAUUGCUGUGAAAAUAUCAAAAUGGCUUCCUUCUUCUCUCGCACCACCUUCCGCACCUUGAACACGCUGUUCAAGGCCACUCCUUGCUCCAAGACCCCCAUCACCGCACCUCUCGCUCAGCCCCUCGCCCGCCGGUUCAUCGGCACCCUGCCCCGCGAACAACCCCGUCUGCGUCUCGGCUCAACUGCCCCCAAUUUCGAGGCUCUUACCACUCAAGGCAAGAUUGACUUUCACCAAUGGAUGGACGGUUGCUGGACUAUCCUCUUCUCCCACCCUGCCGAUUUCACGCCCGUCUGCACAACUGAGCUCGGUGCUUUCGCCAAGCUGAAGGGCGAAUUCGCAAAGCGCGGCGUCAAGAUGAUCGGAUUGAGCGCAAACGAUCUCGGCUCUCACGGUGACUGGAUCAAAGAUAUAAACGAGGUUACCGGCAGCGACGUUCAAUUCCCCAUUAUCGCCGACGCGGAUCGAAAGGUUGCCUGGCUGUACGAUAUGAUUGACGAGUCGGAAUUGGCCAACCUCGCCGAAAAGGGCAUCGCCUUCACCAUCCGCUCCGUCUUCAUUAUCGACCCCGCCAAGAAGAUCCGUCUUGUCAUGAGCUACCCUGCUUCGACUGGACGUAACACAGCCGAGGUCCUCCGUGUUAUUGACUCUCUCCAGACUGCUGACAAGAAGGGCAUCGCGACCCCGAUCGACUGGCAGGUUGGUGACGAUGUUAUCGUCCCUCCUUCCGUGUCUACGGAGGAUGCAAAGAAGAAGUUCGGCGAGGUCCGCGAGCUGAAGCCUUACCUCCGUUACACCAAGUACUAGUGUAAUC